AUGUUCUCUGCGUCAUCCUUCCUCGCCAACGGCGCGCAUCAUCCGUUCGUAUCUCUCUCGUCAUCGUCAACGAAGAAGAAGAACAACAACAAACCGUCGUCGUCGUUUCGUUGUUUGUCGUCGUCGUCAUCGACGACGCGCAAAAACGCUCACCAAUCGCACCUUCUCUUUGCAAGGAAAAGUGCAUCAUCUAUUCGCAAGGCGCGAGGUGAACACUCGCAAAAUCGAGCGAUUGCGGAUGACACGCCUGUACUAGGGCUUAGCAGCAACAACAAAGAUUCUACGUCCUCUUCCUCGUCCGAGGAACGGGAGAGACUGGUGGCUGAAAUCUUAGAAAACGUGGACGAUGGAGCAUUCGGCGGCGCCAUGUCCGCGGAAAAAGACGAGCAAACCUUUGAAAAUAUCAAACAGUUAGAGCUCGUCUCCCAGAUCAAACCGUUAUCGAACCCGAAAAUUUUUGGCUACUACGACGUCGCGUACACGAAAGCCGGGUCGAAGCAAGACGGCGCGCCAGCCGGAGGGGCGUUUCGAUCGAAACUUGGGAGACUCAUUUUUAAAACGGAAGGGUUGGAGCAAAAUUUAGUGGAACCGAACUUUGUGGAGAACAGAGUCGCGUUUGAGUUGUUCGGUUGUAUUCCAGGGGAGGUGAAAUUGAGAGGCACGUUUGAGCAAUCGAAAGCGCACGAUAACGACGGGAAAACGGUUCGAGCGCAAUUCGGUUCGCCAACGUUUAGAAUUUUUGGUUUGCCAGCCUUACCUAUUGGGCCAAAAUCAGAGGUGACCUUAGCGACGACGUACAUCGAUGAUCGCGUGCGGUUAGGUUUAGGCGGGCGCGGUUCUCGGUUUGUCUUUAGGCGCAAAACGAAAGAGCAACACGAGAGAGACAUGGGAUAUUGGGGAGUCGCCGGGUUAGCCGUGGUUACAAACUUAGUCAGUACCGUGUGCAUGUUCUUUGCGGCGAGGCAUUACCAAUCUUUAGGGACGAGACCGGGGAUGACGGCCAGUUUGUACGCCGCGUUUGCGAUGUUGUUUGCGUUCAACUUUAUUUUGAGACACGCCGGGAAGAAGUGCGAACGCGACGGGUGGGAAAUCGCGCCAGCUUUGUCGGAAGAAGCGAAGUCGUUUUUGAAAGGCACGAGAGAAAACAAAACAGAAAACGUGUUUGGGAAGAGCAAUAACUAG